AUGGCUUUACUGUGCACACGAUACUCCAAGAUGCAAAAAGGCAACUCAUGCAUUCAUUCAAAGGGAAAAUUACCUACAGUUUGCGAGCAACCUCAGCUUGCUCAGUAUUUUCAACGACAAAAGAUAACAAGCAUGCUAAUGAGUGACUACGAUAGGGCUCACAAAUAUAAUGAGCUUAAAAAUCAGUUUUCAGAAGCUUGCGCUUUAUAUGAUAUAAAAGACAACAAAGCCAAUUACCUAGAAGAAGUUGAACGCAAGAUUAACAGUACAGAAGAUAGUUCUACCAAGUGCACUGCAAAUUGGAACAAAAAAAUGCAAGAUUUCAAAAUUGAUUGUUUAUACAAACUUGACGAUCUUAAAAUCAAACAUUUGGCUGAAAUAGAGAAAUUUAAUGACUACUGGACAAGUGAUAACGUCGUAAAUCGUUAUUCCAGCCCUUCUUCAACACUUCGAGAUUUAUACAACCAAGAAACUAAAUUUAUUGACUUUAAAGACUACAAUCAAGCUUCUAUCAUUCGUUCCCGGCGUAAGGAACAAGAGAAAAAGGAAACAGAAGCUGCACAGAACCAAUUAAUUUCAGAUGCCAAAGUUAAAUUAGAAGUACUUAGAAAAAAGCACCAAUAUGAGUUAGAUAGAUAG